AUGGCAACCGACUGGUCACAAAGUGACUCCGAGGUCAUUUUAAAGUUCGCUCUGGAGAGCUCGACAGGCAAGGAGCAGCUCAAAGUCAAGAUUGAUGCCACCCACUUGUCAGUCACUGGGCGCAUUGCAGAAGGACGAUUUGGAACCGUGUUUGCUGCAAGGCAACUUUCGAGCGGAAGGGCGGUUGCGGUGAAGAAGAUCAGAGCACGCCGGAAUCUCCCCGGCCUUGAUUUCGACCCAUGGUACAAAAGCGCAGAGCGGGAAAGAGAUGUGCUGGUCGACGUGAAGCAUACCAACAUUGUCGAACUUCUGGAUCACUACGUGGAGCCUGGUGCUGCCAUGGCCGUGUUGGUCUACCCCUACCUGUCUUGGGAUCUGGCCACUGUGCUAGAACACAAGAAGCCGCUGAGUGAAGAGGCAGUCAAGGGCAUUGCGCGGAUGCUGCUGCGUGGUGUUGCUUUCUUGCACGAGCACCGUGUAGUUCACCGUGACUUGAAGCCCCCCAACAUGCUGAUGGAUGGGCAGACCGGUCAGCUGAAAGUGGCAGACUUCGGCUCUGCCAGGUUCUUGCCCAGCGUGACCGAUUUGGAAAGAUCGAGCUUCCAGACGUGCUCAGAGAGUGGUCUGAUGACAAGAGAUGUUUGCACCCGCUGGUACAAAUCUCCAGAAAUGCUGUUCGGAUCUGUGAACUACUCGUUUGGUGUGGACCUGUGGGCAGCUGGGUGCACAGUGGCCGAGAUGAUGUUGGGCAAUGCCUUGUUCCCUGGUGGCAGCGACCUGGAGCAGCUAUGCCUGAUUUUCCAGGCGCUCGGCACGCCGGACGAGGAAGAUUGGCCGGGGGUGCGGAAGUUGCCAGACUACCACAAGGUCUCCUUCAAGCAGCGGGCGCCAGAGAUCCCAGACCUGGGAUCAUUUUCGCCGAUGUCGCAGUCGUUGGCCUGGGCAUUUCUGCCGCUCAAUCCUGGUCGACGUUUGGGCGCUGCAGAGGCCCUACUCCAUGAGUUCUUCCAGAGCGCCGAAUCUGAUCCAACGGCUCUGCUUGAAGGUCUGCCUGAAUCUGGGCACCACCAGUCAGAAGCCAAUGAAGGGCCCAUCUCUCCAAUCGGCCUCAGCGAGUUCGGGUCGGACUGCAGUGCUCUGAGCUUUUCAGGGGCGGUCCUUGAACCUGUGACGGUGGAGACAACCACCUGUGGGCUUUGGGACGAUGCCGAAGCCGAUGGAGAGACCGACGUUCAGAAAGCUCCGCGAACACCAACACCUCCGCGGGACGGAGUGCACAAAUUCAAGCUCAAAAGAUGA